CUUAUGACUUGCUUGUGACAGUAUCCUACGCAUUGUCAGUACGCCCAAUUGGGUAUAUAAUAUAUCUGUACUACCUACCCAUCUGGUUUCCUUCAGUAGUCACAAGUCACGGUAAUAGACUGCCUUUUCAGCAAAGAAAGAAGCUCCAGCCCAAACAAGACCAGCAUCAUGUUUUCCACUACUGCUGCUCGCACUGACCAACCGGAUCCAAAUGCAAAUCCUAUUAUUGCUCCCCCCCACAUCCAUGCACUUCUUGAUCGACUCCAUGAGCUCUCCACUGUCCAAGAAGAGGCAGCCACCGCCCAAGUUAUCGAUGCUGAGGAUUUUGACAAUUUUAUGAGGGACAAAUUUAUCGCUUUGGAUCAAGACAAGUGUUGGUACAUGUAUCAGCAUUGCCUGGCAUCUGGAGCAAGAAACGUUGUUGAAGCUGGUACCAGUUUUGGCGUUAGUACCAUCUACCUUGCAUUGGCGGUAGCACACAACGCUGCUCUCACGGGCAAACCAGGCCAAGUCAUCGCUACUGAGAAUGAACCGAGCAAAGCCCUACAAGCUCGCAAGAACUGGAAGGAGGCUGGGGAUGCGGUGCUCCAAGUGAUUGACCUCAGGGAAGGUGACCUGCUUGAGACUUUAAAGGUAGAUAUACCCAAGGAAGGAAUUGAUUUAUUGCUGUUGGAUAUUUGGGCGCCCAUGGCUUUUCCAACCCUCAAACUCGUCGAGCCCCACCUCCGUCCUGGAGCUACGAUCCUCAUUGAUAACCUAAAAGGUGCUGCUUCCAGAUACGAGGAGUUAAUCGAGUAUCUUCACGAUCCGCAAAACGGGUACACUAAUAUGGUAUUGCCUUUCUCUCGAGGGCUUGGGAUGAGUAUUUAUACCGGGAGGAAGGUGUGAUGUGAAGAAGAACAAUGGAAGAUAAUAAUAGUUAGUUAAUACAUUUGAGUUGUAUUGCAAGAACAGUAGUAUCGCUUUUUGUACGUAGCAAGGUCCCAGCACUGAAACUGUCAGUGGAAGAUCCGAUCAGCUUUACGCGACGCGUUUCUCUUCAUUCUCCGGCCCUUUCGUUUCUACAUCUUUAUCUCCUUAACAUCGUCAUGAAAGAAGCAGCUCUACAACCCCUGCUGAACCUGUAUCAAUCAGGUCCCAAUUUGCUCUCCUUUUCCGUAACUGGUGUCAAAAUACCCAUGCAAAUCAUACAUCCUC